AUGAAUGACCCAUGCUACAAAGAAGUCCAUGAUUUCUGUACAUCUGACCUCAAGAAACCUAUGUUGAGGGAAGUGAGUGCUUGGCCACAGGCUGGAAAGAGCAGCAGCAGCUCUGGAGUUUCUUUUCAUUGCCCACGUGUGUGUGUUUGCCUCUCCUUGUUGUGCCUGACAGGCACUCUUCUGGGAUAUCCUCAGUGUUUGGAUUAUGGGCCUCCUUUCCAGCCCCCUUUGCCCUUGGAAUUCUGUUCUGCCUAUGAAAACUUUGGCUGCUUUGACCAGGAGAGAGGGAACAGCAUUGCAGCAAAAUAUUGAGACAUCACAGAUUACGUGGAUCCCCAGGCAUAUAAACUCUGUAGAACACACAUCAAAGAUACCCUGUGACAGGAAUGUUCUCCAUAUGCUGCACAUCACUGUGAUGCAGAAAACCCACAGACUCCUCUAAGAAGCCCUCCAGGGCUGUGUUUUGACUACUGCUCUGAGUUUCACCUCAACUGCUGAUCUGCCACCCUCGUGCUGACUGGCACCAAGCACAUCUAGGAGAGCUGUGAGAUGAACAGAACCCGCUUCUGCCACCUCCUGCAGCUCCAGGAUGAGGAUUACUGCUUUUCCCACGUGCUGCAGAACUCAGCCUGGGGCUUGGUGCUGGAGGAGCAUGAGAGCUGUGUCCAGCUGUGCCUGGCUGAGGUUGCCAAUGGCCUGAGGAACCCGGUGCUGAUGGCCCACGCUGCUGACCAGAGCCACCGCACCUUUGUAGCCAAGCAGCUGGGCCUUGUCUGGGUCUGCCUACCUGAUGGCAGCUGGCUGGAGGAGCUAUUCCUGGAUAUCCAGAGUAUAGUGCUGGCUACCCCAUAGCUGGGGGAUGAGAGGGGCUUCCUGGGGAUGGCUUUCCAGCCCAAGCACAAGGACAACAGGAAGUUUUAUGUCUAUUACUCAUAUAUGGCUAAGAACUGAGUGGAAAAUAUGAGGAUCGGUGAAUUGAAGGCUUUGGCUGAUGCCAACACAGCUGAUCCAAGCUUUGAAAGGAAUCUCCUGGAGCUUGAAGAACCAGCUGCAAAUGAUAAUGGUGGGCAGCUGCUCUUUGUGUAUAUAUUCACAGGGGAUGGAAGAAAAACUGGAGACCCUUUUGGAACAUUUGGGAAUGCUCAGAACAAGAGCACAUUGUUGGGGAAAGUGUUGAGGAUGGAUGUGGAUGGAAGAAGCCCUGAUGGAAAGCCUUACCACAUCCCUCCUGAUAAUCCGUUUAUGUCUGAUCCCAAAGCCCACCUGGAGGUUUAUGUCUAUGGGGUCAGGAAUAUGUGGCGCUGUGCAGGGGACAGAGGGGACCCUAUCACAAAAGAGGGAAGAGGGAGGAUAUUCGGUGAGGAUGUCAGGCAGAACAGGUUUGAGGAAAUUGACCUCAUUUUUAAAGGAGGAGAGCAAAGGUGGGGUUUGAAUGCUGUGACACAGCUUUGCCACAAUUCUUCCUUGGAUAAGGAAAAACUUUAUUAUUACAUUCUGCCAAUAUUUGCAUAUGGCUGCAGUGUGGGCAAGUCAGUUAGUGAAGGCUUUAUCUACAGGGGAUGUGAAUCACCCAGCUUGAAUGGCCUUUAUAUUUUUGGUGAUUUCAUAGGUAGUCGACUUACGGCUUUACAGGAAGAUGAGAAGACAAAUAAAUGGAAGAAGCAGGAUAUCUGCAUUGGCAGUACAACAGCUUGUGCCUUCCAUGGAAUGAUCAGUUCCUACAUCAAAUUCAUCAUCUCAUUUGCUGAGAAUGAAGCAGGGGAACUGUAUUUUAUGUCUGCUUGUAAUCCCAGUGCCUGUGUACUACAUGGAUCACUCUACAAGCUCAUUGAUCCUGAAAGUCGCUCAGAUGUCUGCAUCUGGCUUUGUUUUCCACCAGGGAAGUGUAAAUACAAGGCUAUUCCAGUGAAAACAAAGAGCAAGCUGAUACCCUUUGUUCCACGUGCAAAGACUGUCCUUGAACUGCUAAACGAAACUUCAACAACCAUGCCUCCAAAAACAUCAACUACCCUCGCUGCAGCCACCCUAAGAGUUCUUCCUAAGAAUGCAAAAAAGACCCCAUCCACCAAAAUAAAAGCAUCAACAGUGAAAACAGCUCCAUCUGGUAAAGAGAGACAGAGAGUCAAAGCUGAGGGAAAGAGAAAAAUAAUCUUUUCCUCAAAGGGGAAAGAUGAUUUGACACAACUCCAGAACUGCACCAGCACCACCUUUGCCAAAAAAAAGAAGAGCUCCCACCUAGCCAGAAUCAAUGAGGUUCUUCCAAAGAAAGUAGCACUAACUAAGGGAAAAGUGGAGCAGGAAGAAGCAGCUUUUGAAGCUCAGUGA